AUGCACUAUGACUGCUCAGUGCAAGAGGACAUGGCUGUAAGAAACCAACCCAGCGCGGAGACACGGCAGUCUAUUGCUGCUGAACGGUUCGUCGCCGCUCUCUACGCUGAUGCAGGAUCAGGUUCACUGCUCCCACUCCCCCCGCCGCCUCCAAAGUUCAACGCAGACGAUGCGAACGUAUUGACAAUGGUGGUCCUCUUCCGAGGGAAUUGCGGCCUUUCCAAAUGUAUAUCCCACUACAUGUUUGCCAUGGCAAUGGCAGAUCUCCUGGUGAUGAUGUUCUGUGUAAUCGGGUAUCAUAUCGUCAUGUACCAGUUUCCAACGUCCUUCCUGUCCUACACAUCCGCCUGUAAGGUUGGUAUGUACCUCAAUGUAACCAGCCUGCAAGCCUCGGUCUGGUUCACUGUCCUGUUCACAGUCGAUCGGUUUGUAGCGAUCUGUUGUCAGAAGCUUAAAGCGAAAUAUUGCACAGUGAGGACAGCUGUUUCCGGCAUUAUAACCGUGGCGCUCCUGUUGCAUUUACAGAACGUCCCGUUUCUAUUUGAGUUUAACCCCGUCAGUGUAGUUAACGGUAAUCAUUGGGGCUGUAAGCCGAGCUCGUGGUUCAUGACGUCUCCUGUGGGAGCCUCAUUCUCCAUUCUGCAGAGUAUUUUAACUGUUAUAUUACCUUUUGUUCUGAUAGCCCUGUUUAACUGUGUGACAGUAAGGCGUAUUUUAUUAGCCGGUAAAUUGCGACGCGGACUGCGGGGUCACAGCAGUCAAACACAGAAGGAUCCGGAGAUGGAAAGCCGCCGGAAAUCCAUCAUUUUACUCUUUAGUGUGUCUGGCAGUUUCAUUCUGUUGUGGCUGACGUCCGCUGUGACCUUUCCGACCACCCGACUCGCAGCAACCGCGCAUUACGACGGAGAUUACACCGAUUUUGCCUACGUCGCCACUGAAGCCGGCCACUUUCUCAUGUACCUGAGUUCCUGCACGAACACCUGCAUUUAUACAGCGACCCAGGCUAAGUUUAGAGAAGAAAUACGGCGGGUGUUAAAAUCUCCUUGGACUUUGUUUUCAAUAUUGGUUAAAAGGCACAGCUAUCUGCCCAGCGCCUACCUUCAUAUCAACUGCGAAGUUGGUAACCAGGCCAUCAAUUCUCUCAUCGAAUCAUCGAUAUCUAACAGAACCCAGCAGAACGCCAUUAGCUACCGCCAGAAAGCAUAA